ACAGCAACAGCAACAAAAAAACAUCAUCAAAAUCUCACUUUGUUUGCACCUACCAGUAAUAUAGGAAGCCAGGAAACCAGCCACACACACUGACACACCUGGCCAUCAUCUCCUAGUGUAGAUUUGUAGCUCCUGAACAUACCCAACAACCCCCACCUGCAGCAGCCGCUCUCUCCACCUCCCUUCCCCAUGGAUCACCACACCACGGCAUAUAUAAGCUAUCUAGCUCAUUAAUUUCAAUCCCUUCCCUGGAUAGAUGGAUAGAUAGAUCUGAACAUCACAAACAAUCGGCCGCUCGCUUUCAGCCAAAAAUCCAUCUACCCACCAUGGCUGCUGUCAAGGCCACCUCUGCGGCGGCGGCAGUCUUCCUCCUCCUCCUCCCCGUGUUGGUUCCGCCUCCGGCCGGCGUGCUAGCGGCGGACGACGACGGGACGACGCACCUGAGCUUCUUCAUGCACGACAUCGUGUCGGGCAGCAACCCGACGGCGGUGCAGGUGAUCAAGGGCCCCGGGUCGACGACGGCCCCGGCGCUGGGCAUGUCCUUCGGCGACACCACGGUGGUGGACGACGCGCUGACGGAGACCUCGUCGCCGACCUCGGCGGCGCUGGGGCGGAUGCAGGGCUUCUACAUGCUGUCGUCCCAGUCGGGCCCGGUGCUGAUGGUGUGCGCGAACCUGCUGCUGACCUCGGGCGACCACAACGGCAGCACCAUCGCGGUGCUGGGCCGCGACGACACGGCCGCCGACGUGCGGGAGCUUGCCGUCGUGGGCGGCACCGGCAAGUUCAGGAUGGCCAGCGGGUACGUGCUGUGGAAGACGUCCAGCAUGAAGGGCGCCGACGCCACCGUCCAGCUCGACGUGUACCUCACCACGGGCAACGGCACCACCAUCGACGCCGCGGCGCCCGUCUCGCCCGCCGACGGCUCCUCUGGUUCGUCCGGGUCAGGGUCCGGGUCGAAGGCGAGCUCGGGUGCGAGGACCGGCGGCGGGUGGGUCAGGGCGUGCGCCGUCGCCGUCGUGGUUGCGGUGGUUGGAUCGUCCUGGGUUUGGUGAGCAGCGGGUGGAUUGACGACGGACGAGUGGUGGGCAUUGCGUUGGUGAGUGUGUGGAAAGUUGGGUGAGAUGUCGGUCAGGGUCAGUGUAGUGGGGGUUGGUGGAUCGAGGAGAUGAUUGCUGCUGCCUGCCUGCAUGUGCUUGCACGCACGCUGCGGCCUCAUGGCCUCAUGGCAUGGGUGCCUUACUAUUUCUUUUCCCCUACCUUACUACCCUACCACGAUGUGGAUUGGAUUCUUCUUGCUUUCUACUGAUGAGGCUUUCUUUCUUUCUUUGCUUGUGAUGCAUGCAAACAUGAUGGAUCGGUUGAUGAUCCACCCAUCCAACCAUUA